AUGGCUCAUCUUGAAAACCUUGCACCAUUAAAGAAGGAACGCCGGCUUUUUUCGUUCCUUUUCCCCAAAAACCCUCCUCCCAUCAACAGCCCCGAAGAGCGUAAGUCAUAUCCCUGGAAAGAUGUGAAUUUGCUUUCCAGAGGAAUUUUCUACUGGUUGUUACCGAUAUUGGCGAAGGGUUACCAAAGAACCUUGGUCCCUGAUGACUUGUACCAUUUAACGGAGGAGUUGACGGUAGAACACAUGCAUUUAAAGUUUGACACUUUACUACAAAAACACCUUGAUGACUUGAGACAAAAGCACCUAAAAGACCACGCCGACUUGUCGGAUUUCAAAUGGCCUGUGCACCUUGUGCCGUUGUGCUUGUUUAAGACGUUUCAGCUCCAAUACACCAUGUCGUGCAUCUUUUUGGGGUUGUCUUUCUGCUGUCAAGCACUUUCUCCGUUGCUCACGCGGAAAUUAAUUGACUUUGUUGAAUACAGGGCUCUCGGGUUCGAGAGGACCUUGAACAAAGGUAUUGGGUACACCUUGGGGUCUGUGGUGUUGAUCUACGUCAACGGGUUACUUUUGAACCAUUUUUUCCACAACGCCAUGGUUACGGGCGCCCAGUGUAAAGCGAUUUUGACAAAAUCAGUACUUUUAAAGUCGUUCAAGUUGACUUCAAAGGCCAAACAUUCAUUUCCACCCGGUAGAAUCACCAGCAUGGUUACCACUGACUUGCUGCGGAUCGAUUUGGCGGUGGGAUUCCAGCCGUUGGUGGUGUGUUUCCCCAUUCCCGUCAUCAUUGCCAUUGGCUUAUUGUUGAAGUUUAUUGGCGUGACGGCGUUAACCGGAAUUGGUUUGUUCUUCGUGUCGUUGAUCAUCUGUGUAUUGUUAACCACCAAGUUAUUCAAUACCAGAGAAACAGUUGUCGACUACACCGAUGAAAGAAUCGGGUUGAUGAGAGAAAUAUUAACCAACUUGAAAGUUAUCAAGUUCUACGCUUGGGAAAUGGCCUACAAGUUGAGAAUCACUUCUGUCAGAGAACAGGAAAUGAAGUACUUGUUCACCAUCAAGGUGUUGAGAAACUUCAUCACCGCAUACGCAGUGACGUUGCCAGUGGUGAGUUCCAUGCUCUCAUUUGUCACCUUGUGGGCCGCCGAGGCCAUGAAGGACGCCGGUAGAGUGUUCUCGUCCUUGUCAUUAUUCUCCAUUUUGGCCCAGGCUAUCAUGUUGCUUCCUAUUGCGUUGGCCACCGGGGCUGAUGCCAUGAUUGGGUUCAGAAGAUUGAGAGAGUUUUUGAGCGCGGACGAGUACAACAGCGACUUGGAAGACCAGUUGAACGCUUUGAACACGCGAUUCAUCAUUGGUGACGACUACUUGGGCGAAAAGGUUCCUGAUGCUGAUAAGGGCGUGGCUUUGGAAGUCACAAACGGAGAGUUUGUGUGGGAAACCUUCAACGAAGACUUGGAGAACGAAGAUCUCUGGGAACUUGAAAAGAUCAUCAGUGAAUCCGCCAGACACUCCAUGGACCUUGGAGACUUGAAUCAACCUACUUCUUCUGACCUUUCUUUGAACUCCGCCGAUGCCGUUUUCAACGGCUUGACCAAUGUGAACUUGCGUAUCAAGAGAAAUGAGUUCAUUGUCAUCACUGGUGUCAUUGGAUCGGGUAAGUCGUCUUUGUUGAGCGCUUUGGCUGGGUUCAUGAAACUCAAGUCUGGUGACUUGAAAAUCUACGAUAAGCUGGUCUUAUGUUCCCAGCCCUGGAUUCAAAACUCCACUGUUCGUAAUAAUAUUACCUUUGGUUCUCCCUUUGAUCCUGUCAAGUACAACAAAGUGCUUUACGCUUGUGCUUUGGAAGAUGACUUGAAAUUAUUGCCUGCCAGAGAUAUGACAGAAAUCGGUGAAAGAGGUAUUACCUUAUCUGGAGGUCAAAAGGCUCGUAUCAACUUGGCUAGAGCCGUUUAUGCUGAACCUGAUACCAUUUUGUUGGACGACGUUUUAAGUGCAGUGGACUCAAGAGUUGGUAAGCAUAUUGUCAACAACUUGUUCAACGGCUUGUUGAAAGACAAAACCAGAGUCUUGGCUACCCACCAGUUAUCUUUUAUUGAUAAUGCCGAUAGAGUGGUGUUUUUGAAUGGUGACGGUACCAUUGAUGUUGGAACCAUUGACGAAUUGAGUGCCAGAAACGCUAGCUUCAGAAAGUUGUUUGAAUUCAACCUUGUAAUGGCUGACAAAAAAGACGUUGAUGAAGUCAUCUCUGAAGACGACUCCAACCGGUCUGCUAUGCAAUAUAACGAUAUUGAUGACUUUGCCAUGAACGAGCUUGGAAGAGUUGUUGAAGCUGAAGAAAAGGGAGCUAACUCCAUUUCCUGGGACGUCUACAAGAAGUAUAUUGACUUGGGUUCUGGUAUAUUUGGAUGGGCUGCUGCUCCUAUCUUUAUUUUCUUGAUGUGUUUGGCUACAUUCUGUCAAGUGUUUACCAACACCUGGUUGUCUUAUUGGAUGGAAAGAAAGUUUCCUGGCAAGUCUGACCAUUUUUACGUGGGUUUCUAUGUGGCUUUUGCAUUCUUAACGGUCAUUUUUACGGCUAUAGAAUUCACGAUGUUGGCAUACAUGAAUAGUAAGUCUGCUGAAAUCUUGAAUGUUAGAGCCGUCGAAAAGGUGUUACAUGCACCAAUGAGUUUCAUGGAUACUAAUCCUCUUGGUAGAAUCUUGAACAGAUUCACUAAGGAUACCGAUUCGUUGGACAAUGAAAUUGGAGAACAAUUGAGAUUGUUCUUAUUCCCUUUGGCCACUAUAAUUGGUAUUAUCAUCUUGUGUAUCUCAUACUUGCCAUAUUUUGCUGUUGCAGUUCCAUUUUUGGCGAUUUCGUUUAUCUUUAUCUCCAACUUCUACCAAGCUUCCAGCCGUGAAAUCAAGAGAUUAGAAGCCGUCCAAAGAUCUUUGGUAUACAACAACUUCAAUGAGACUUUGACUGGUAUGAGUACCAUCAAGACUUACAAAGCCGAAGACGUGUUCAUCAAGAGAAAUGACGAAUUCAUUAACAAGAUGAACGAAGCCUACUUCUUGUCUAUCGCAACGCAAAGAUGGUUAAGUGUCCACUUGGAUAUUGUGGCAGCUAUAUUUGCCUUGAUUAUCUGUAUGUUGUGCAUCACUGAUCAGUUCAACAUCAGUGCUUCUUCUACUGGUUUAUUGUUGAACUAUGUCAUUCAAAUCGUGGGCUUAUUGUCUUUAACAGUGAGAUCGAUGACUCAAGUGGAGUCCGAAAUGAAUUCGGUUGAAAGAUUGUAUGAGUACGCAUUCAAGUUGGAUCAAGAAGCGGCUUACAAGCAAACCGAGUUCCAGCCUCCAGCAGAAUGGCCUCAAACUGGUUACAUUCAAUUUGAAGAUGUCAACUUGAAGUACAGGCCAAACUUACCAUUGGUAUUGAAGGACUUAAACUUUAGCAUCUAUCCUGGUGAAAAAGUUGGAAUCUGUGGAAGAACCGGCGCCGGAAAGUCAUCUAUCACAACUGCUUUGUACAGGUUAUGUGAGUUGGCAUCUGGUAGAAUUCUUAUUGACGGGUUAGAUAUCAGCAACAUGGGGUUGUUUGAUUUGAGAUCGAGAUUGUCGAUUAUUCCUCAAGACCCGGUAUUGUUCCAAGGGUCUAUUAGAAAGAAUUUAGAUCCUUUCAGCGAGUCUACCGAUGAGAAGUUGUGGGAUUCUUUGAGAAGAGCUGGUUUGAUUGACGAAACCGUUUUGGAAAAAAUCAAAGCUACCAAAUUUGAUCCAAAGAACAAGAUGGGAUUCGACCAAUUACACAAGUUCCACUUGGAUCAAAAUGUUGAAGAUGAAGGUGAAAACUUCUCGUUGGGUGAAAGACAAUUGCUUGCUUUAGCCAGAGCGUUGGUUCGUAAUUCCAAGAUCUUGAUUUUGGAUGAAGCCACCUCGUCUGUCGACUAUGAAACCGACUCCAGAAUCCAAGAAACCAUUGCUAAGGAAUUUGCCGAUUGUACUAUAUUAUGCAUUGCCCACAGGUUGAAAACUAUUUUAAACUACGAUCGUAUCUUGGUCAUUGACAAAGGCGAGGUUGUUGAAAAAGGAACCCCAUUAUCUUUAUUCCACACCGAUGGUGUUUUCUCCAAUAUGUGUGAAAAAGCCAACAUUGAUGCUGGUGAUUUCGAACAUGUCAUUGCUUACUGAAAAGUUUUACGAAAUUUACCCCCAUUCAGUUCUAUUUAUUAAUUAUUUGAAUACCAUAUUACUUUUUACGAAAUAAUCUUUUGCAGCGCCAGUCCCUACCAUUCUAUAAGCAAUCUAUGAGCCAAUUUUUGACAUGGCAUAGAAAAUUUGUGCAGCUGAAGCACUUUGCAACAAGUUCCCAAUUGGUUUGCCGUCACAGUAAUUGGAAGAAUCAGCCUUGAAGCUCAGUAUAUUGUCCACAAAGUUGUUGGUGGAUACUUGGUAGGUUUUGAUGAUAUUCUGCGCCUGCGUGUUCACCUCAGAAAUAAGGCUCUGGUAGUAGGUAUCUUGACUUUUGCUUGUAGCAGUUGCAAUGGUGAUCAAGUCGCUGAUUCCGGUGAACAACAAGUGGGAGUAGUACAUUGGGUUGUUCCAAGUGCCAUCACUAUUGUAGAAUGCCCCCUUCUUAUUUAAGGCUGAAUUCACCAAUUUGGUGGCCUUAUCGUAGUAGUCGGAUUCUCCAGUAAAGGAAUUCAAAUACGCCAAAGUCGAUACCAUCACCCCCACACUAUAGCUCAACUUCCCCUUGUUAACAGCCCCGGUUUUUGAAUUGAUCCCAUCGUAGAUCAACCCGUCGCUGGAGUCUUGCAAGUUGUCUAAAAGCCAAUUAACCUGCUUACUGGCAAACUCAAGUAACAGUUGGUCCUGAGUAACUUGGUAUAGUCUGGUAGCGGCCAACGCCAGUUCGGCCGUGGAAAUGGAUGCGACAUAGGGGGCAUUGAGUUUCCAAUAGACACCUCCUCCCAGUGCCUCCUGAUUCAUUAAGUUCAGCAUUAGCUUUUUGGCCAACUCCAAGUCGUCCACAUUACCGGCAUACUUAUAUGAGUCGAGCAAAACCCACAAAACCUGGGCAUUGUCGUCCAUAUAUACGUCGUUGUCCUUGGCGGUGGACGAGCUGAACCAAUUGUCUGAGUUAAGGUAGUCCUUCAAGUUUGCAAUCACCAAAUCAAUAUUUGCAGCAUUCACCGAAUCUGCAAUCAUCUUUCCUGCGACUGCUUGAUCCCAUACCGAUGGGUAUUCAAAAUUAUUCAAGCACUUGUCAUUUUCACUCCAGGAGGAUUUGGAAGUAACCCAGAAUCUACUCCACGAGAAAUCAACCACAUCGGUGAACAAAGACGCGUAGUUGGUAGAACAACUAACUCUAGCCAACCAUGGCAAAAACCAGAUAAGGGCCACACACUUCAUGAAAUUUUUCGCAGUCAGGAGGUCCGUUUCCGAUACUAACAGAAGCCAGGUAAAGUAUGAUCUAG